AUGGAGAAGGUGAACAUCGAGCCAUGUGUGAAGAUGGACACCCAAACCCUUGAUCUUCUCAAGAUAAGAGAUGAUGUCACAUGGUACAUAAGGAAGCUAGGCUUGAGCAAGCUCUUCAAGCUAGAAUGUAGUGAGUACUCACAACUCACCAAGGAGUUCCUCUCUACAGUAGCUCUUGCCUUUCCCAACCACAAUGGAGACCAACCAGCUGGUGAAGGACUCCUACUCUUCAAGAUAGGCGAUGCCAAUGGGCGCAUAUCCAUCUCAGCUCUAUGCCAACUCUUUGGACUUCCCAAUGAGACAGCACAUGACUUCAAGGAGAACUCAAAGAGGAAACAAGCUGCCUUUGCUGAUUGGACACACUUUGCCAAUGAACCAUUCUUGCCUUCAAGGUCAAAGGUGUCUAGAAUCACUCAUCCAGCCAUUCGCUAUGUGCACCGCCUCAUCUCCACCACUUUCCAAUGCAAACAAGAAGCCAACAAGGUCACAACUGAUGAGUUCUACAUCCUCACCACACCAUUCAUCAAGCAUGAGUACAAGGCCAACCUUGGACUUUUACUUGCCAAGACAUUCAUCAAUGUGAGGAAGCUAGCUAAAGACUUGGAAGGCAACAAGAAGCUUUGUGUUCGUUUUGGGAGGCUUAUCACGGCCAUAGUACUGCAUGUGGGGAUUGACAUUCCCAACUAUGAGCCACUACCCAAGCCAACCCCUUUGGAUCUCCAUGCUCUUCAGCACAUCCACUUCCUAAACCGUUGGACUAAAGACCCAACUCGGUUUUGCUAUGAGUUUCCAAUUGGUCCAGCCAACACUUCCCUUGUCUUGCUGCCACAUGAGGACAUCCCAAGCCUACGCUCAGGAGUUGUCACUUUCCAGCCCAAUGAGGAAGAUUCUAUGUUCCAUCAAGUGAGAAACCAUCAUUCCCCAUGCUCACAUAUCGCACACUUCAGCAUGCAGUCAAGACUCAACGCCGCCUCCAAGAACGCCAUGUUCUCACUACUGGCAUGGCUGCGCACCAGGCUCUAG